GCAGCAACAGCGACAUCAUGGCGGCUGCUUGUCGUUCAACGAACGAUAACAUUAAUUCUAAUUCGGUGACGGAAUAAGAUUUUGUCGAAAACAUUUCUACGCCUGUUGCACGAUAUUUAUGCAUAGUCAAAAUUCCGUUUAUACACCGGCAAAAAUGGCAUGAAAAAUGCUGUUAAAUUAAUAAGGAUUUCGAAUAUGUUUGAAAAUCUACUAAUUCUACAGCCAACGCGUACGCGUAGGAAAAUUAAAGCAGGUGUGCUUUCAUUACGUUGACCUAUGUACGACUAUUUCGACUAUUUUCCAAACGACGCGCGAAAACACGUGACAUAAACAAAAGAGUUUGACGUAAUUCGAAAAUGGAAACCAUGGUGGAAAAGAAUCGUUCAAAUGUCACUAGCGAUAAUAUGACGAAUAUGUGCAAUUCCAAAAGACGAAAGAAACUAGCCAGUUUUACAGCACAGCAGAAAUUGGAUAUUUUGAAAAAAAUAGAUGAAGGUUUUUCUAUUACAAUGGUCGCUUUGGAAAAUAACGUGGACACAAGUACGGUCAGAAAAUGGAGGAAUAGUCGACAGAAAAUUGAAAAAUGUAGCGAAAUAUCAACGGAAGCAAAACGAAUCCGUUCUGGCCGCGCCGAAAAAGUUAACGAGGCUCUGUACAUGUGGUUCACCGAAAUGUGGGCCAAGGGUUAUCCCGUAACUGGUACAAUUAUAAAAGGAAAAGCUCUUGAAUUCCAUGAAAGAUUCGGCGCCGAGGAGAAGUUUUAUGCCAGCGACGGAUGGCUGAGUCAUUGGAGACAAAAGUAUGGCAUCCGCCAGUUAUCAAUUACAAGCGAAAGUUCCUCUCCUAAUUCUGAAUCUGCUGAUAAUUUUAAGUCUCAGUUCACGAAAAAAAUUAAAAAUGAAAACUUGACAGCGAGUCAAAUAUUCAAUGCCGAAGUGACGGGUCUCAAUUAUAAAGUUAUGCCAAAUGAAGCACUGACAAACGACGGAGAAAGACCUGCACUUGGAUUCAAUCAGAAUAAAGAGAAAUUAACAGUAAUGCUCUGUUGCAAUGCCGACAGCUCGCUCAAAAUACCGCUUCUUAUUAUUAGGAAAUCGUCGAAGCCUAAAGGAUUAAAAAAUUUAUUGCCAAACAUGCUACCAGUCUAUUAUACGCGCCAAAAAAGCGCUUGGAUGAAUUCCGCAAUUUUUGAGAAAUGGUUCAAAGAGGAAUUCGUACCGACAGUCUCUGAUUUCUUAAGGGAGAAGGGCUUGCCUCAAAAAGCUAUGCUUCUGAUUGGUAAUGCACCAUCUCAUCCAUCAACGGAAGUUUUAACUGUUGGCGAUAUCACAACCAGGUUUUUGCCACCUAAUGUCACAAGUUUAAUUCAACCUAUGGAUCAGGGCAUUAUAGAGAAUGUAAAAAGAAGAUACAGAAAUAAACUUCUCAUGCAUAUAUUGAACGACCAAUGUGACGGCAAAGAGUUGGUUGAAUCAUUGAAAUCAAUCAACAUUAAGAAUGCUGUUUUUUGGGCAAGUGAAGCUUGGGAUGAAACCAGUUCGGAGACAAUUGUAAAGUGUUGGAAAAAUUUGAUGCUGGAUAUUCCUGAAAAGGAAUUACAUGUGACAUUUGAAGCAGAAGAGGAAAUAACUUCCGAAAGAAUUCACCAAAUUGCUAAUAGAAUAAAAAGUUUGGAAAAAGUUAGUUUAGAUGUAAUAGAUGAUUGGAUUUACAAUGAUGAUUCUUCGCUAGUCUUUCCAUCCGAUGAAGACAUCGUUGAAGCAGUGAACAACCAUAACAGUGAAAAUGGUUUUAUUCUCAAUACUUUCAGAAUCUGACACCGAUAACUUUGAAGAAAGUCAAGUUUCACCAUUGCAAGCAUCCAGGGCAGCAGAAUGCCUUACAAAGUUUUUUCAGCAAAAUGGAGCAAUUUCGAAAGCAGAUAUGGCCGUUUUGAGAAAAGUGAAAGAAAAGAUACUCCAGAUAAAAAACCAAAUUUAGUCAUUACUGCUUAAGGCUAUGUAAAUAUUGUACAUAUUAAGUAAUUUUCAAAUAAAGUUCUAAACUAAA